ACCCGUGUUUAGGCGGGACAAUCGAAUCCCACCAAGUAUCAACUACGCACGAAUUGGAAGAGAGAGAGAGAGAGAGAGGGCUGAGGAUUUCAGCAAUGGCGGACUCAACCGAAGAACUCGAACCCCUCUUUGAUUACAGUCGCGUUCAGCCUAUCGAUCUUGUCUGCCUUGACGAUGACUGUUCCGAUUCAUCCCCAGCUUAUGCUCCAAAAAGAAGGAAAAUCCCCGAUUCUGCAGUUGGAAAGGAAGUAAAGAAUGGGAAUGCUAUAGAGAUUGUUGAUUGUGAAGACAAAGAAGAGGAGGAUUGGUUGCCUCCUCCUCCCAAGGUUUUAGAUGAAUCAAAGAAGCUUUUAGAGGGUUCAACCAUAAAGGAGAUGAGAUUAAAGAAACAGGAACUGGUAUCAUUUGCCCAAUCAGCUGAAGACAUGUUGCGAACUGUUGAAGAGUCUAUUAAAAGAAAUCUUAGUUCCUCAAUGCAAUCUUGUUUAGAAAGUGUUGCAGAGCAGCCAUCAAAGUCUUCCUGUGAAAGAGCUAAAAUAGUUAUUUCUAUCCAGGACAAGGAUGAACUCAAGCAAUUUCGGGUAUACAUGGAUGACAAGUUUGAGCGGCUCUUCAAGAUGUAUGCAGAUAAAGUCAAGCUUAAUCUACAAAGCUUAAUUUUUUGCUUUGAUGGAGAUAAAAUCAGUCCCACAGCAACUCCAAUAGACCUUGAGAUGGAGGACAAUGACAUCAUUGAAGUACACGUAAAGUGAGCUGACUGAGGUUUUCUAUUUACCUAUAGCCCUGCAGCCAACUUUGUAUUGCUAUCCCGGAGCUUCAUAUUCCUUGUAUCAUAUACUUGUUUGUAGCUCUCUGUUCGAUAUGUUUCUUUGUCUGCUGAUUGCUUGUUUUUUGGUCUGCAACUAUAUAGAGGCAAUGCAGGUUUUGAAAAUGGUUACAGGUUUACCACACACUUAAUCACGUAAAGACCAGCCUGAUGAAAGCGAACAAUUUAACAUGAUUGGAGGAUUGACUGUUGAGACACAAGUUUUUUGGAAUGUUUAUUUUGCAACUGACUUUGCUUAUUGGGGAAUAGGUACUCACUUGUAGAUGUUACUAAACGUAAAAUCUAGAACUUGUCUCAGGGAUCUUGAAGAAAAUAACAGAUUCCAGCCUCAAGGAAAUGCCCGACGAAUUGAAAAUAUAUACUAUAGAAGAGUAACUGAGUCGGUGCACAUUUAAGGUUCGAGUUUGGAAUUAUCUUCUCCAAAAUGGAUGCAACGUUCCUCACCACUUGCUUCUUUCGGACCCCGUAAUAAGAGGGUUCAUAACUUUGUUUUUGUUUCUCUUUUUUCCUCUCAACAUUACUCCAUGCUUGUGUGUAAUCUGUUUUUCUUUGUAGUUUUUCCUAUGGAUCAUAGUAAACGCAAUCAGCCAAUUGUUCAAUUACGUCGUUUGUUAAAUUAA